CAACAUAAACUCUCCAUUAUAAUUCAUGUAAAAUAGUGAAACUUGUUGAGUUGAUUGUCCUUAAUGUAAAUUGUUAACCAAAUUGUAAUAUUUGUUUCUCUCCGUUAAUAAUCUUUCUUAUCUUGAAUUUAAAACAAUAGGGUGUUUGUUAAUUGGUUAACCUUAUUGGUUACUAGAUGGAUAUCUUCAACUGACUGGUUGCCAUUUUGGUUGCUUUACCCGCUUUUUAAACUUGUGAACAAAGCCUUGUUACAAUGAUUUUUAAUCAACUUUAAACAUAAUAAAUAUUCAACUUAAAACGCCUCAGUGCCUGUUAAGAUCUUGUUCAUCAAAUUAAGCCUCUCGUUUGAUUGUUUGUAAUCUCUCUUACCUAAAUCAACUGCAGUUAUCAGCAGAAAUGCCUUCAAGUACAUCAACAACCUCAUCGAUUGAAGAUCCAGUGGACACCAAUGGCCACGGUAGUUCUCUUGAUUUCACUAAAAUGGGAUUUCCUUCGGAUUACGUAGACAUUAUUAUACAGGCUAUCGAUAAUCCAAAUAAUUUGACCCACGAACAGUUGGAGGAAUUAGCGAGAACCGUUUGUGCUAAAGCCUUUGAAAAAUCUUUAUACAGUUAUCCAUUGUCAUCUGUACUUGUUACAAUCUGUGAUAAAGAUACCAAUCAAGUAUUUACACAAUCAUUAAUCAAUUGUUGCCGUGAAUGGUACUUGGAUAGAAGUAGAUUACGACCAAGUGAUGGCCACAAUACAAGUCCAAGAAAGUACCGUUGGGCAGCCUAUGUUGCCUUUCUCACUGACUUUUACCUUAAUCUUAAAUCUAAACUUCGUGGUGUCAUAUUGAAGGAAAACCUUGAUGAUGAGGACGAAAGCAGCCAUAGUGAAGAGGAUGGACAAUCUGAUGAUGAUGGACCAGUACCAACCUUACAUACUGAAUUUGCUGAUCUUCUUUAUGAUUGCGGCGAAGACAUUGUUAGAGGUUUAGAUACAACAAAUUCACCUACAGCAGAAGUUGAAUGUCUGCUUAAUAUACUUCGAACUGUCGGAAAAUCUCUGGAAAAAGAUAGGCCUGAACGAAUGAAUGAGCUGAUUUCACAAUUAAAGGUUACCUUUAUUGGACCUGUUUCCUCUAGAUUAUCCGAUAUGUGUGUUAAAUCUAUCCUCCAGAUGAUUGAAUGUGCAGCUAGUGGAUGGACUUUUGAUCAAAGUCAAGCGUCUUAUUAUUAUCCUUCCCUUUCAUGAUCACCUGUACAAUAUCAUCCUGAUUUACUCAUUUCACCGAUCAAUCAGCAUGUAUAUUUCGAUGAAUCUUCAUCUUUUUAACCUGCAAUUCUCAAUUGACGUUUGAGUCUUCCACAAAUUGUUUCAUAUUUUUUUGUUGAACAAUGUCACUUCUCGUGUACUCAAAAAUUUCCCUAGCUCAUCAAAUCAACAAGUAUCAGCUGUUUUAAAUCAUACCUGUGUAAUUGUAAUAUUGUAAUAUUAUAAUUGAGAUAAAGUUAUUUUAUAUUAAACUACCGAUGAUAUUUUUACAA